AUGGCCGCCGUCGCGGAGACCGCGCGCCUCGCCGCGACGAUCGUCCUCUACGUCGCGCUCAACAGCUCGCUCAACCUCCUGAACCGAUACACCCUCGGCCACGCGGGCUUCCGAUACCCCGUGCUCCUCACGUGCGCGCACCUCGCGUUCCAGACCCUCGCGCUCGCGCCCGUCGUCCUCGGCGGCGGCGCGUCGCCGAAGGGCGGCAAGGCGUCGUCGUGGUCGAACGCGCUCGCGUCGCACGAGGAGACGGUGAUGAAGCACUGGCGCGGCAUCGCCGCGAUCGGCGUCCUCAUGGCUGCCAACGUCGCGCUGAACAACGCGUCGCUGCUCCACCUGCAGAUCUCCUACAACCAGGUCAUCCGCGCGUCGACGCCCGUCGUCUGCGCCGCGUGCGCCGUCUUCGUCGAGGGCGUCGUCCCGAAGCCGUCCGAGGCGUUGGGACUGGUGUUAGUCACCGCGGGGGUGAUGUCCACGGUCGGCGCGUCGAGCGGCGCGGGCGGCGGCGGCGACGCGGGAUCGCAAAAGACGGGGCACGAGACGCUCGGCGUGGCGUUCGCCGCUUCCGCGACGCUCGCGAACGCGCUGCUCAUGACCCUGAGCGGGAAACUCAUGGGCGGCGAUCGCAUCGACGCGCUGAAGCUGACGUUCUACGUCUCCCCCGUCGUUCUUCUCGCGUUGCUUCCCGUCGGGAUGCACGCGGAGUGGGACUCGAUGACGGAGAAAUACGCCAUCGCGAGCGUGAGCGCGACUGAGCCGGACUUCGUCGCGGGGGAGCCGCUGACGCGGCUGAUUCUCCUCGGGUGCGUCAUCGCGGUGUGCUACAACUGGGUGCACAAUAAGAUCAUCUCGGUCACGUCCGCGACGACGACGACGGUGCUCGGGAACGUCAAGGUGGUCACGAUCAUGCUGUCGUCGCGGAUGCUGUUCGGGGAGACUAAGGAUUGGACGCUCGGGAUGGUCGCGGGCGCGGGCGUCGCGUUGUUCGGGUUCGCGCUGUACUCCGCGGCGAAACUGCGGACGAAGCUCGAGAAGGAGAAGGCGGAGGACGCGCGCGGCGGCGCGACGCAGCGGGGAGGGAGGUGACGCGGAGCGCGCUUCGAGCGAAGGGUACGGUAGUCUAUUUUCUACGAAGUUAUAAAGAAUAUUUAAAUUUUUCGAUU